AGGUUAAGUAUUGAAGAUAUUGAUAAUGCAGCCUCUCAGGAAACAACUCAGACUAAUAACAAUCAAGUUUCUCUAAGCCCUAGUAUUAAGGAGCAGUUUCCUAUGGAUGAUGAAAUAAUUUCCAAAUCAAAACCCUCUCCCAGCAUCAUAUAUCCUAUUGCAUCUCAGUUUCCUUUAAUUCCUUCGAAAGAUUUUGAUUUGUAUUUGCAUAUGGAGAGUUUAUAUCGACAAUUUCAAGAAGUUUCUAAGGGUCGCAGUAAUGGUAAUGAAAAUCAAAAUGCACAAAUCACUAAAGAAUUUUCAGCCUGGAUUGAAGCAGAAGCAGCAUCAAGGCACAAGUUGACUUCAUCACAGUUGGAGGUCUCUGCAUCAGAAAGAUUAGCAGGUGCAACUUUGUCCACCAUUUCAGAAACAAUCGAUGAGCGACCUAUACAAUUAGUUGCUCCUAAACAAAAGGGUAAUGAGAUAAGUUUUGAAGAAGGAACAACAUCAACUUGUGACAAAACAAUAACAUCAGCAACUCAUUUAGAAGUUGUUGAUGGAAAAACAUGCAUACCCUUUUCUUCAAUUGUCAAUAUUAUAAACCUUCCUUCCACCAAUUAUGUUGAUAUUGGAGACUCCUAUGAAACUUUUGCAAUAGAAGACAUUGACAAACAGAUCAAGGAGGAUUCACUUCUUGCAUUUGAGACGUUUCUUACUGGAGUGCCAAGUUUUUCCAUUAGAACUUUACUUCAAGAAUUGAAGACUUUGUUGGACUCAUCAUCAGACCUUGACCAUCUUGUAUCUGACCAAGAGUCCAAAUCGAAAUUGAUUUCUCUUUUGCAUGGAUUGAAUCAGCAUCAAGGACUCUUACCUUCUGAUGUGAAGGAGUUUCUUGAGAAAGUGAAGACCUUCUUCAAUGACAUCAUGAACAAACACGCCACUUAUCAACAACUACUUAAGAAGCAUAAGCAACUUCUUGAUUUGAAACCAGGUCUUUUGACGAAGCUUUUGAGUGCAAAGAGUAAGCAAUUCCACAUUGUCAGUGAAACUUCAACUGCCAAUGCUCAGAUACAUAAACGCUCUUUGGAAAUUGAUGAACUUAGAAAACAGUUGGAAGAUCUUGAGAAUCAAAUAGAUGAUUUGAAGUCAGUAGUGAACAAAUGUGAUGUUCAGAAGGAAGAGUUGAACACUGAAUGCAGUGAGUGGGCACAACAAAGUAAAGAAUUUGCUUCUGCACUUGCAUCAACCGAGGUUGACUUAAGAGAAGCUGAACGUGCGAGGAAUUUGGCAGCAGAAGGCUUUUCUAAUUUAAAGUCUUCGUUUCCUACAUUUUAGGAAGGAAGCACACACGAAAAUUGG